AUGCUUCGCCUUCGGCUGCAGCCGGUGGCCGCAGGGCUGUUGGCCGUUGCUCGGCGCUCCCACGGCACGGCACAGCGGCUCCCCGGGGCCAGGCGCCGGCUGGCGGUGGCAGCAGCUUUCCUGGGGACCACUGCAGCGACAGCCAGUGCCAGAUUCCUGUGGCACAGGGCCUAUGCAGAAGACUCAUCCUCUGUAAAACAUGAUGCAAGGACAGAGGCAAGUGAGAAGGUGAAGCAUGAAGAGGAGGAGAGCAGCAGCAGUGAGGGCAGAAGGGCUGUCGCAUCAGGUGAUGAGGAGGCUCAGCCGGAAGGGAAGAAGAAGAAGCGCUCCGGGUUCAGGGACCGUAAGGUGAUGGAAUAUGAGAACAGGAUCAGAGCCUACUCCACACCAGACAAAAUCUUCAGGUACUUUGCCACGUUGAAAGUGAUCAACGAGCACGGGGAGUCGGAGGUGUUCAUGACGCCGCAGGACUUCGUCCGCUCCAUCACGCCCAACGAGAAGCAGCCAGAAAACCUGGGCCUGGAUCAGUUCAUCGUGAAGCGCUACGACGGGAAGAUACGGGUUAAGUUUUCAUCUAAAUUAUUAGCUGAGCUCAUCCCCACUCUGCAGCCACACACAAUGAAAUUAUCCCAGGAGAGGGAGAAGUUUGCUGAUGAAGACAGCAUCUUUUACGCGCUUGGAGAGUGUGGGCUCAUUUCUUUUUCUGACUACAUCUUCCUCACGACUGUCCUUUCCACUCCCCAGAGGAAUUUCGAAAUCGCCUUCAAGAUGUUCGAUCUGAACGGCGACGGCGAGGUGGACAUGGAAGAGUUUGAGCAGGUGCAGAGCAUCAUUCGCUCCCAGACCAGCAUGGGCAUGCGGCACAGGGACCGCUCCACCACCGGCAACACCCUCAAGACUGGCUUCAGCUCUGCACUCACAACCUACUUCUUUGGGGCAGAUCUGAAGGGCAAGUUGACCAUCUCCCACUUCCUGGAGUUCCAGCGCAAGCUGCAGCACGACAUUCUGAAGCUGGAGUUUGAGCGGCAUGACCCAGUGGAGGGGCGGAUCACGGAGCGGCAGUUCGGCAGCAUGCUGCUGGCCUACAGCGGGGUGCAGUCCAAGAAGCUCACUGUCAUGCUGAAGCAGCUCAAGAAGCACUUCCAAGAUGGAGAGGGGCUGACAUUUGAGGAGGUGGAGAACUUCUUCACGUUUCUGAAGAACAUAAAUGAUGUGGACACAGCUUUGAGUUUCUACCACAUGGCUGGAGCAUCACUUGAUAAAGUGACCAUGCAGCAGGUGGCCAGGACAGUGGCCAAGGUGGAGCUGUCUGACCACGUGUGUGACGUGGUGUUCGCGCUCUUCGACUGUGACGGGAACGGCGAGCUGAGCAACAAGGAGUUUGUGGCCAUCAUGAAGCAGCGGCUGAUGCGCGGCCUGGAGAAGCCCAAGGACAUGGGCUUCACGCGGCUCAUGAGGGCCAUGUGGAAGUGCGCCCAGGAGACAGCCUGGGACUUCACCGUGCCCAAGCCAUAGCGGCUCGGGGGGCAGCACCCAGCCUCCCUGCCUCAGCCCUCAGCUCAGACUCUUGUGCCA